AUGGUGUCCUCGAAUCAUACAUCAUCCAACCCUGCCAUCACUGCCUACAAGGUAUAUCAUUUAUCUUCGGUCAAACUGGAUCGAGAAGCCCGUCGUCAAACACCCGAUCUAGCUCGUUUAGUCGCUCAUGCCACCAUUAUCGACAACGUCCGGAGAUGGAGUCGCACUACUGCAGUACCAACAGAAGCAGUGGUCGUGGAAUCAGACCCAUUCGAAGAUUCUGCUUCGGAUGAGGAUCUAGACUCUGAUUGCGAUGUUGGGGAAGUGGCUGUCUUCGAAUUCGACGAAGAAGAGUCCAAAGAAUGGUCUGGCCACUCUCAAGAUGCAAAGGUUUACGAAAUCCAUUCAACAAUAGUUGAAGAACACGACUCAAAAUCAAAUCCUGUACCUGCCCCAAAAAGGCGUCCACCUCCACCACCACCAUCAAGUUCUACUUACGACAUCAAGAAUCAAGGCUGGAGACAGAAUCGUCCCGUCACUGUCAGGGAGACGGCCGUGGAAGUGGACGGUGACGAUUGA